UCAGCGUCUACUACCACUAUUGACUACUUCCAGGCGGAGUCCGAGGCUCCCUCGUGAACAGCAGCAUGUUGGACUCGAGCACGGAAAGAAACACACAGCAGACAAACAGGCUACGUGAGGAGCUGUGAUUCUUUCUAUCAAAAAAUGGACUGAAACAGGUUCACUGCUGCUGCACCGAAACAGUGGACCUCCACCUUCCUGCCAUGGAGGGGUCAACUGCAAAAAAAAAACCAGGAUAUGGGCGUCACAAAAAAGAGAAUUCUGCAGGCCACCAGCUACUGUCCCGUCAGUCCAAGGCAGACAGCAGCGGUGAUGAGACCGUCCACCCCAGGAAGCUGAACGGCUCCUCAGCGGACCCACCGACCUACCAGAACCUGCACCGCGAGCUGCUGCUCAGCCACAAAAGGGGCCUGGUGCUGGAGGAGAAACCUGAGCUUAAGCGAGUGUUGGAGCAGCGCAGACUGGAGCUGCACAGGGAGGAGGAGAUGGCUCAACGGCGGCCCUCAGAUCUGGAGACGGAGCUCCGCAAGAGGCAGCAGAAGCUGCAAGAGUACGAGCAGGAGGAGAUCAGGCAGAGGGAGAACCAGCAGAAGAUCCCAGAGUUUGUCCGUGUGAAGGACAACCUGAGGCGCACUCAGACGUCAGAGCAGUGAGGCCUCCAGGCUCCCAUCAGCCCCUGCAGCAUCUCACCAUAGUGGCCCUGAAUGUUUCUGUUCACUGUUUUGUGAGUUAUAUGUUUGAUUGACAUAUGUGACUCACAUGUGAUUCUCAUAAAAAAAAAAAGAUGCACUUUCUGACUUUACAUCUCUUUGUGGAUUUAAAUAACAUUUGAAUACCAGAAUUUGUUUAAGGACAAACCAGGAAAUGUAUAAUCCACAUUUAGAAUUGUCCUGGUUCUGUUUCUGAUGUUUGAGUGGAAGUGCUUAUUUUUUUAUCAUUAGUAUGUAUUUAUUUAUAAUACAUAUCAAUUUGGAUCAACAAUUGUUAAGGAAGAAGCUGCUACUGUUCAGAGGCUGGAUUUUUUUAUGUUUUCUAUAAUAAUUAUAAAAAUCUGUUUUUUCAAAUUCACUUCUCAUGCUUCUUCGGGGUCACAUCAGUCAAGCCUCAUUCUUACUUUAAUAGACCACUGUUAUGAAAUUGCUCACAGACACAUUUCAACAGAACUGAUUUGCAUCAAUAGAAACCCUGCCCAGUGCUACAGAUUUGCAUGUUUGUUUAUUUGUUUCGGUCAUGACUUUUUAUUUGUAGCGUGUCCGUGUUCUGUGGAAAUAAAAGGCUUUAUGGUUUGCAGAAA